AGCACCGGAAGCGCCCAGGAGGCGAAAACGUAGUGCUGCGCCUGGCCUGUUGAUCGCCAGUCAGCAUGUUAGUCAUCUGGUUCAUGUAAUUUACAGAAACGGAUUUGGGGAAAUUACAGAAAGCAUGGCGGACCCAGAGACAGCGGAGGAUCUGUUAUUUAAACAGCAGCGAAAAGAGAAGAAAGAUCUGCAGGCCAAAAUUCAGAGUAUGAAAAAUGCUGUACCUAAAAAUGACAAAAAAAGGAGAAAACAGCUGGCUGAGGACAUUGCAAAGCUAGAAGCUGAACUCAGUGAGAAACAUGAAGAGGAACUGAAGCAACUGAACAGUUCUGUACUUGGAGACAAGGCUGAUGAUCUUGCCGAUGGAGUGCAGAGCCUGGAUCUGGAUGCCGAUGACCCACAACCGUGCAAACAGCGUCCUUCCAAGGCCCAGAAGAGGCGGGAUAAGAAGGCCGCCCUGGAGAAGGAGAGGGAGAACAGGAUCGCGGAGGCCGAGGUGGAGAACCUGCAGGGCUCUCGGCACCUGGAAAACCAGAAGCUGUCGCAGAUACUGGGAGGGAAGCAGCUGCAGAUCAGAGAGAUCAUGUCGGACGGGCACUGCCUUUACCGGGCCGUGGAGGACCAGCUGCUGAGGCGAGGCUGCACCCUGGGCUUGGCGGAGCUCCGCAGCCAGACCGCCCAGCACAUGAGGUCCCACGCUGAGGAAUUCCUCCCCUUUCUUACCAAUCCCACCUCAGGCGACAUGUUCACGCCCGAGGAAUUUGAGAAAUACUGCAGUGAGGUCGCGGACACGGCGGCUUGGGGUGGACAACUGGAGCUACGAGCUCUGACUCAAGUCCUCAAGAUCCCCAUCGAGGUCAUUCAAGCAGAGUCUCCCACCAUUGUGAUAGGCGAAGAGUACCGUGAACUACCAAUCACUCUGGUCUACAUGCGGCACGCCUAUGGUCUUGGGGAACACUACAAUUCCGUGGAGCCGCUGAAGGAAGAAGAGACCUGAGAUUCUUCUUCUUCUUCUCCUGCAUCAUUGUGUGAUUUUCAUAGACCAGUGCUUCUGGAGUUAGAAUUAGAGCAAACCUGCUCCUGUUUAAGUGACAGCUCUGGUGCUCUUUAUCCAGUGGCCUGAAACUGUUACUUUUUGGAAUCUGAAGAAGUGCAGGAUUUGUUCCCCCCUGGUGGCCAAUUUUGCAGAUGUACCUGAAGAGUUGUGUCUCGGUAAUGCUAGGUUGUGUUUCUGAGAACAUAUGCCAAAUUAUGUAUCUCAUGAGAUGGGAAUUAAAGUAACAGCAUACUGGUGUAUCUCAGUUGUGCUUUAAAAACUUGUUAACUCAUAUGGAUAGAUUGAGAAUGAAGCAAUUUAAUGCAGUCUUUUUUAUUAGGUUAUUAUAAUCAUUCUGUUCCCCCAGGGAUACAAUUAAGUACAUCAGGCAAGGUAUUUAAUAAUCCAUUUUUGCAAGCUUCCUGUUUGAUUUUAUAAGUACUUUUCAAGUUUUGUUAUAAUGAAUUUGAAAUAAGCCACAUGGACCAAGUGUUUUCACAUUAGUGUUAGCAUGUACCCUAACCCAGACAUAAAAGUGGGUGUCAUUCUCAAAGGUACCACUAGGGCAUCUAAGAAAAACAGUCAUAUACCUUGCUAUACCCUAUAACCACUACCCUAUGUUGUUUUUUGUUGGUUAUGCCUCAUUCUUCAGGCUCCUGCAUGCCCAUUUUUUGUGUAUAAUAAUACAAAAGUGUGUCAACACAUUCACGAAAA